AUGGAGACCCGAGAGGAAAAGCUAGCCACUUGGGCAGAACCUUCUAUGACCCCACAUCAAGGCAUCAGGGUCUUGAAAGGUUCGCUGUCGCUUGAUUCAAAUGAUUCGGGGAAACGCACGCACAUCCUAGAGGACAGAAUUCAAUUCAACCAAAUUGAAGGCUGUCUCCAAAAUCCUCGGGACGAUGCUAUCGUAAGCGACAAUGCUGAUAAUCCCAGUCUAUGGCACUUCAAAGCGAUAUCACUUCCCCGAGUCCGGCCCGGCAGACUCGCCCUGUCCGUUCCCAAGGAGACAUUCCAGAAGAUCCAAGAUUCAUGGAAUCUUCACCCGCGCACGAUCGAGAUAUGGCUGUCUAACAAUGGAGUUUUGACAACACUCCACCAUUCCGGUCGAUCAUCCCUUGUCAUGAAAGUAGCCAAUUCGCGCACAACAGGCUUCGACUGUGUGUCCGUCACCUGCGACCCUUCUCGUCGCACAACCUACGUCCUAUACCACCAUCUCUUCGAUGAAUACGCUGUCUUCAACACCCUGUUGUCGGCACCGGAACAAUGUAUCGACCCCUAUUUUCAUGUCUCUGCCCUCUAUCGUUCGCACCAUCAACACAUCGAAGUCUACCGUAAUACCAUCGAUUGCACCAUUCUGGGAAUCGAGCGACAAACGGGCUUUGGAAAUCCGGGCAGGUUGGAUCGAGGGCGUCGUCCCAGUAUGGAUGAGUAUCCUGCCCUUGAUGAUCCAAAAAGAACAAUUCAAGAGCUAGGCUACUGCCAAACGGAUAUCGCUAUCAUUGGACAUGUUGGCCGAUGUUGCUUGGAUUGCGGAGAGUGGCUUAUCCAAGCCAUUGAUGCGAGCCUUCUAGAUGGGCAACUUUCACACGAUGUGGGACAGAACAGUAGUUCCAGUUCCCAGCACCAGGAUCAGCAGUUGUCGGAGUAUUUAAAGGCUACACAGCGGAUGGUUCGCCAAGACGUCGAGUAUGUGCGGAGACGGACUGCGAUGCUGUUGUCACAGGUGCAGCAAAUGAGCGAUAGAACUCAGAGCCAAACUAGCUAUAUGCUGAGUGUCAUCACGCAAAGCGACGCAGAAUACACAGCCGCAAUCGCAAUAGACGGGAAGCGCGACAGCAUAGCCAUGAGAACAAUCUCUAUUCUUGGCAUUGUUUACCUACCGGCUACCUUUGUGGCUACUUUGUUCAGCAUGGACAUAUUUUCUUGGCCUGGUACCAGCAACAAAAGCAACGAGACAUCUUCUCUGGUAGCAUCACCGAGUAUUUGGAUAUACUGGGUAGUGGCGGUGCCUUUGACUGUUAUCACUAUCCUCAUAUGGGUUGUUUGGGCUAGGAGAGAAAACCAAAAGAGCAGGAAGCGGCUAAUGGUUUCUCGCACAAGGUCUUCUGAAUCUGAGAGCGGAUCUAGUGAGAAGAUGGUAUAA